CUGCCCUUUGCUGCUCGAAGGACACUUGUCGUGAUUGUGUGCGGUAGCUUAGCAACCGAUUUUGUUUUGUUCCUCAACCGUAUGAUCAUUUGCCAGAUGGGAUCUAAAGCGCAGAGAUUAUUGAACUUUAUCUAAUCGUUCGCAAAGUUCCUUUAUUAUUCAUUUCGUGUACGGUAAUUAUCGUAUAAGUUAAAUCAAUAUCGCAUGUUUUUUUUUACUUCGCAUUUUUGAAUUCUCUUUUAGAGAUCACUAUUCCUGUGUUACGACGCUAGGUGUAAGUCUAGUGAUAAUUUGACCUACAGGAGCUCUGUGCCAGCAGUUCCACGCUGUGGAAUAUUGAGAAUUGUCUUUAGUUAAAUCAAUAUCGAAUGUUUUUUUUACUUCGCAUUUUCGAAUUCUCUUUUAGAGAUCACCAUUCCUGUGUCACGACGCUAGGUGUAAGUCUAGUGAUAAUUUGACCUACAGGAGCUCUGUGCCAGCAGUUCCACGCUGUGGAAUAUUGAGAAUUGUCUACCAGCCGCUGGUUGCUGGGUUACGGACGUUCGAAGUUCGGUACGGACACUGGUAGGGAUCGAAACGGCAGCUUGCUGGCAUCCAGGAACACUGCAACAGUUCGGCAUAGCACCACCGGCAUCACCAACAUGCGCCAUCCAAGGGCCGCCCAAGACGUUCGACGAACUGUGCGCCAUCAUCGUGUUCUGCUGACGGUUUAGCCAACUGUUUUGAAGAUGAUGAUUGUAUGAGACAAAGUUGUUACCGCCGCUGUUGCUAUUAUUGCCGUGAAUAUCGUGCCUCAUCCGCUGUAUCGCUUGCAUCGCCCUCAGCUUUUGGGUAAUUAACUGUGUCAGGUCCAUCCGAUACAACCCACCUGGCGGGCCAAUUGGCGCCAGCGGUGGCGGCUGAAUCGGAUCGCCAUCCGGACGCCCGGUCACUGUCCGCUUGGUGCGCUUCAACGAUGGCGUCUUUCCAGCGCUGCUUUGGUGCUUUUUGGUGUACACUUUGUGAACCUUCCCUGCCGCAUUAGUCAUCACAUCCUUCGCGUGUUUUGCGUUAGUGCUGUUGAUCCUUUCGGUAAUUUGCGUCACUGUCGAUGGUUCUACUAUCACGGUUGGCAGGAGCUGAUCCUGUUGCGUCAAGUCGACCACUUUGGCAAGGAAGCGUACGUUUGCUUUGGUUCGCAUUUUGGCGCGUUGUGUGUGCUUCCGAACGAUGCGCGUACAAGACUGAACGGGUUUAGCAAACGCGCGGUUAUUCGAUCCCAGCAGCACCUACACAAGCAAGCAGUGCAGACAUUGCUCCUUACGAGAGUGAAGAGAGCAGCCAAUGUACGGUUACCGGGGAAAUGAAUAGAAUUUUGUACAAUUCAAUAUCGUGCGCGAUAACAAAAGGACAGCAGCAGUGGAAGCAGCGCCGGUGACUGACCUAGGCAGAUUGCUGUGUUGCCAGCGGGUAGAGACGGAACGGUGCGAAAAUAAUAUUCUCGGAAGCGUAGGAUGGCGCUACGAUCGAUCGAGUGGAAAAUAAAGGAUCGGCUGGUUGUAACGAUUCGCAGAAAAAUAGUUCCACUUCCAAGUUGAAUCGGAUCCGGGCGGAUGUGAAGGUUAAGCUUAUCCUUACCAUUACUGGGGUGAAAGUGCGUGUGGUUGCAAGAAGUCGAACGUAUGGACCCAACAACAAAAAGAAACUUAUAACUGUGUGCUUCCGUAAUACCGAGACAAGAUGCGUAGCAGAACGGAAAUGGUGACCACCACCCUGGAGGGUUCCGAUUUUGACGAGGAGACGGAUUUCGAAGACUCCGAGGAAGACUGGCGACCGGAAAAGGGUGAUCCGAAAGCGAUGAAGCGCAAAACGCGCGACAUACUGACCGGCAUGGUCAGUGGAAAGCGUGGCGGUCGCAGUAAUAGCAGCAAGCGGGGCCGCAAACCCGCCGCCAAGGGCCGUGGCGCUGGAAGAAAACGCAACUCCGAAGACUACGAUGAUGACGACGACGACGAUGACGAUGAUGACGAUGAUGAUGAUGAUGAUAGUCGGUUCGAUAGUGAGGGUAGUGGCAGCUCCACUCCACCGGUACCGAAACGGGGUCGAAAGUCCGGCGCCACACCGCAGCGUGUGUACGGGCGCAAAGGCAACAGCAGCAGCAAGACAUCACCGUCCACAUCGAAGGGGGGCUCGAUGGGACGGAUGAAGCAGAGUCCCAGCUCGGAGCAGUCGGUAAGACCGAUCCAGCGCAAGGUUGUCAAUACGGCGAGCAGUUUUCCGGACAAGAGCGGCUACCUGAAACUGUUCGUUAGCCGGGCGGACCUGGAGGAAGGCAUACGGGACAAUCUGAAGGUGUGUCUGUGGCGUCGGGACGGUUCCAGCUUGCUGCAGAAAUACUUUCGAGAUAAAUCGGUCGACGCAAACACGCCACAGUUCACCUCCUCGAUGGUGUAUUCCUGCUGGGAGGAUAAACGGGCCGAUGAGUAUAUGGAGGUGAAGGUGCGCUGCAUCGAACAGACGAAACAGUUGCGCGUACAGAUCAUCGAUGUGGAAGCGACCGAGAUCAGGGCGAAGGAAGAGUACCAGAAGUACAUGGAGCAGUAUGGCAAAUCGAGCGAUUCCAGCCAGGGCAGUGAUCGAUCGAACGGCGGUAGGAAUCGUUCGCGAUCGGGUGCCGGCGGCAAGAAGACCAAUCGCAGCACGGGAGAAGACACGGAUGAGCGUGACGAGGCGAACGACCAGGAGGAGGAAGAGUACGACGAAGCGGACGAGGAAGAGGAAGGAAGUGAAAUUCCUUCGCAGGAAGAAUGAGAUUCGGCUGGUGGGGGAGGGGAUUCGGCAUAAGAAGUAGGGGAAUACCCGGGUGCUAAUAACAGCCGCCUUCCCCACCAGAAAAGGACACGUGUGACACACAGCAUAUACUAAUUUAUAUUAUUUCGUACGCGUAUUCCUCGUACGCUGCUGCAGCUCCGUCUCUGACGACUGAGGCAUGAGAUUUGAGACGAAUUGUAUCUUCUUCCUUCGGCACGAAUGUUCUCAGCAGCCAGACAGAAGAAAAGAAAGCCACAUUCGGCCGAACAUACAAUCCUGUUAGCAUGUAAUUGUAUUAAGAAAAAACGCGUCAACACGUAUUCUGUUACAAAAAAAACGAACAAUACUUGCACACACUUACACGCUAGCAAAGUAAGAUAGUAAGGCGACGGAUACUCGUGUAAAUCUUCACACAUUUUAAAUGUUAAUGUUUAUGGAUGCCCCCGCGGCAGUGUACCACGUGCGUACUGUAGUAGUAAUAGUAGGUACACACUUGACUGAACUUCUUGAGCAUGAACUUUCGUAAUUUAGUACUUUAUAGUAGUUCCCUUCCCGACAACAUCAUGACACGCGCGUUUGCAGGCAGGCUUUGCAAUGGCGACAGCCAAUUUAAGGGUUAAGGGCCGCCGGAUGUUUGCCAAAACGAAAGAUCGAUUUAAUGAAGAAAAAAACACACACACAUUGAAUAAUCAUCUGCACUUAGGCAUUUGAUAAGGACGGAAAUGGAAAUGAUGGGAGCGACUGAAGACGAACUCGUAGUGCAAUGUAUCUCGUCCUGCCCACUCUCUGUCACUCGCACGAUUAAUGAAAUUAUUAAAAAUAAACGCGAUUCAUUGUUUUAAAUGGAACUAUCAAUGGAAAA